AUGCUCCUCUCCAACAUCACAGACUCUAUGACAGGAGGAGUUCCCCUCUCGGUCAACUUCGACAGUCCUGAGGAUUAUUUCAUCUUUAUUUUCCAGAUUCUAUUCGCUACAACUACUGUUCUCAUAGCAGGAACAGUAGUCAUUGGUAUCUUUGCCACCAGAGCGCUUCGCCUCCAAAAUAGAUUUAUUUUCAUGCUCAACACCAGUAUUUGUGAUACGCUGGUUGGGUUUUCAGUGUAUUAUCUUGGUCUGUUUGAUGUUCAGGAAGGAUUUCCUUCUAGAAAUGGCACUUAUAACAUGUUACCCUCUCUUCUCGGUGUUAACAUAAUGACAUUUUUAUUUGCACAGUUUGACCGAUACUUUGCUGUUUGUCAUCCAUUCAUCUACACGCGCUUUAUAAGCCGAAGAGUGGUUAUCUCUGCAAAUGUCUAUUGUUGGCUUCAAAAAACAUGUCUAUGCUCAGUCCACCGUUUUGAGCUUUCCUGCCAAUUUCCAAAUCAUACCAGCCUGUAAUGUUGUCCAAGUAUUGCCACUUUACAAAUUAUUGUGCUCACCAAAGUGGUCAUGACCAUCAAACUGUAUGUUGUUGCCAGGUACCAGCUAGAGAGAGACCCUCCCAGCGCAGAGAGAGAAAACAACAAGGAGUCUUUGAGAAUUAUCAUUUUUGUUGUCAUAAGCUUCUUGGUGUUGUGGGGCCCCUCUUUUGUGAAUAUCGUCCUCAGGCUGCUGAUAGGAACGGGGCUGACAUUUAGAAACGAGGCCACCAAUAUUUUUGCCAUCAUGGCUCGUUUAAACGCUGUGUGCACACCGGCGGUGUACUUGUGGGGGAGUCCGGCUCUGAGAGAAGCCACAGUGAGGACAGUGUGGGGCAGAGUGUGUCCGAGGUGCAACAGGAGGUAA